AUGGCUCAAGCCGGAGGAUCGAAGGACUUCCCCUGGGCCGAUGAGGUCAAGAAGGAGAUGGAGGAGCUGGAGAAGGCAGAGAUUGGCAACCCCAAGACGCCCCUCAACAAGACUCCCUACCUGAGUGACGAGAUCGUGGAGAAAAUCAAUGAGGGCAUUGCGUUCAAGUACAGCGCUGCCAUGAUCUUCGACAGCGCUGCUGCAUUCUUUGGCCGUGAUAAUGUGGGCCUCUGUGGCGUUGCACACUUCUUCAAGAUCAUUGGUGUGGGUGAGCGCGCAAAUGCAAUGAAGGCAGUUGAGUUCCUGAACAAGCGCGGCGCCAACGUCAAGUUCUGCUCCAUCGCCGAGCCUCCCAGCGAGAGUGACUGGCACAGCAAAGAUGAAUCGGACGUGUGCAAGGCAUUCUGCAAGGCUCUGGCGCUGUCGAAGGUGGGCUACAACUGCGCGCACAAGCUGUACGGCGAGGCCCAGAAGAAGGGGGAUGCCCACACAGUCGCCUUCCUGGAGUGCUGCAUCGGCGAAGCGUCCGGGAAGAUGCGGUGUCUGUCCGACAUGGUGUCCCACUUGAAGGCAGUGGAGAAGGACAAGCACGCCAUCAAGAACUUUGACCGCGAGCUGGAGUGCAAGAACUGCGUCCUGGCCAAGGCUGCCGGCAUCGAGGCAGUCAUCCCCUGCAAGCUGCAGAUUGGCUACCUGAAGCGCCUGGAGUGCACCGAGGCAUUUGCCAUAUCCUGGAAGUUCAUGGUGGAGGAGGAUCUGACUGGCAAGAAGGUGGUCAUCUGA